AUGAGUCUUUUCCAACUCCUUAUGAAGAAAAAGGAACUCAUUCCUUUAGUAGCCUUUAUAAGCUUUGCGGCAGUCAGAGCCUCAUCCUUUGCUGUGUAUUCCUUGCAGAAAAUCAAUGUGAUCAUUGAUCGGAAAAGAAAUCCAGAACCCUUGGAGGCUGUGGAUCCAACUGUAUCUCAAAAGCUUGUAACAAUCAACCAAAAGUGGAAGCCCAUUGAAGAGCUGGAAAAGGUCCACAAGGCAACCAAAUGAG